GGCAUGCAUAUACAUAAUAAUGAAUGAACAGUUAGAGAGAAGGGCGUAGUAGCGAAGUAGAUGGUGGGAGUGGGAGGAGGGGGAGUUUACAAGUGAGCCGCGUCGUGGUACUUUUCGCGCCGCGCUGCGCCGCCACCACCAUCGCCAUCAACCUUUUUGGUGCAUGCCGUGUACGGAAGUUGCUUCGUGUGCGGUUGUACGAGCUUCGUCCACGUGGCAAGUUAUGGCUGUGGCUAUGGCGGCGUGCUCCUCCUCCUCCUCCUCCGCAUGUCGUGCGCUGUCGCACGCGCACGACUUGGGCGGGCGGACUGAUAGGACGGCAGGCGGAAGCGUGGGGGAAAGAGCAGGCGGGGGAAGCGCUGGAGCUAGAGAAUGGAGGGCCGCUUCUUCUCGUUCUGGUGAUGGGCUGCGACCUGCUUCUUCUUCUUCUUCUUCUUCUUCAUCUUCUUCAAUGCUGGUCAUGCGUGCGCGAUGGAGAAAUGCCAGCAGGAUUGACGGUGCGGCUAGACGGUGCAUUGACAACGUGCCACGUGGAUCCUUUCUUGCUGGAUAUGGUGCCGUCAAGCUGGAUCGCAACUCCGCACUCUCGCAGGAGACAUGCAGACAUGCAGAGUGGAAUUUGUUUGUGUCACGGGCAGCAGCUUCCACAACAACUCCCAGCAGCAGUCACCUUGCCCCACAGAUGGAAGAAGAAUCUGAUCUGUUGGAUUGGGACAGCAUUGGGUUCAGUCUACGGUCAACAGACUUUAUGUACGUGAGAAUUGCCGGUCGCGAUGGAGUUUGGGGUCCAGGCGAGUUGCGACGAUAUGGGAACAUAGAGAUGAGCCCUGGGGCAGGAGUGAUUAACUAUGGUCAGGGUGUUUUUGAGGGGCUGAAGGCAAAUCGUACGGAAGAUGGCCGAGUGCUGUUGUUCCGACCUACUGAAAAUGGCUUGCGGAUGGAAAUGAGCGGGAGCCGCAUGUGCAUGCCCACAAUCCCACCAGAUGAGUUUGUCGACGCCGUGCUCCAGACAGUGGCUGCAAAUCGACGAUGGGUGCGUAUGCCAACUACGCCAACUCCCCCAGCGUGCAUCACAUCAUUCUCUUAUUGAAACACCAGUUGCACUCUUGUAGAUACUUAAUAUAGUGCAUUGGGCAGGCAGAUUCAAGGAGGCGAUGGCUGCGCAAGUGCAACUGUGUAGUAAAGCAUAUUAAGUAUC